AUGUCGAAACAUAACAUCGACACUGAACGUGUGAUAACAGAAGUUCGAAUAAGACCACCUUUGUGGGAUCUAUCUCACGAUUUAUUCAAAGAUAAAGAUGCCAAGCUUCAAGCAUGGUUUGGAGUGUAUAAAGCUCUUUUGCCCGAUUUUAAUGAUUUGUCUGAGAAUGAUAAAAAAGACUUUGAGUCUCCAAUCAAUCCACGUUCUACUGAAACAGUAUCCACCAAUCCAGAAACCCAACCACAGUGUUCCAGCCAAGUUAGACAAGAUUCUUCAAACACAACUAAACAAUCUAGCUCUACUCCUAACACAAACCCAUCAAGGAAGCGUAAAAACGCAAAAACUAAUGAAGACAGCUACUUCGAUAAAAACAUCUUGGAGUUUUUAACAAAAAACAGCGAAAUUAUUCAAAAUGACGAUAUGGCAUUUUUUUAUUCUCUUUUACCUUUAACACGGACAUUCGACAAUCGUCAAAAAGUUAUGUUCCGUACUGCAGUAAUGAAUAAAGCCCUGGAAAUUUGUAACUGCCCUUCGUCUAUCACUCCUCUUGCUUCACCAAUGUAUGCAUCUACCUCUCGCCCUGAAUCUUCUACUUCCAGCAUGAAUAUAGCAUCACCAGAAUCUCUACCAUCAGGAUCUCAAGACAUAGUUUUGUAUUCAGUUGAAGAACCUUCGUCUCAAAAUGUAGUGAGAACUAAUCCAAAUAUCGCACAUACAUCACAAAAUUCGGUAAUCACAUCUUUGUCUGCUUCCAGCUUCAAUAUACCAUCACCAGGAUCUCGAGACAUAGUUUUGUAUUCAGUUGAAGAACCUUCGUUUCAAAACGUAGUGACAACUAAUCGUAAUUUCGCUUAUACGAGCACAUCACAAAAUUUGGAAAACCCAUCAUCUGAUUUGUCUCAGUAUAUUAAUUUUAAGCAAUGA